CGCGAGAAAAAUUAGUAUUUUUGCACUUCACAAAUUAAUGACCAUGAGCUCGUUUUUGAUAAACUCCAACUACAUCGAGCCCAAGUUCCCUCCCUUCGAGGAGUACGCGCAGCACAGCGGCCCGGGCGGCGGAGACGGCGGCCCGGGCGGGGGCCCGGGUUACCAGCAGCCCCCGGCGCCCGCGAGCCAGCACCUGCCGCCGCAGCAGCCCCCGCUCCCUCACGCGGGCGGCAGCCGCGAGCCCCCCGCCACCUACUACGCGCCGCGGGCCACCCGCGAGCCCGCCUACCCCGCGGCCGCGCUCUACCCCGCGCACGGUGCCGCGGACGCCGCCUACCCCUAUGGCUACCGCGGUGGCGCCAGCCCCGGGCGGCCGCCUCAGCCCGAGCAGCCCCCGGCGCACGCCAAGGGCCCCGCGCACGGCCUGCACGCGAGCCACGUCCUGCAGCCUGGCCGGCAGCCGCCGCCGCCUGCCCCGCAGCACCGCGCGGCGCCCCCCGCACCCCCUCGGCGCUGCGAGGCCGCCCCUGCCACCCCGGGCGUCCCGGCAGGGGGCAGCGCCCCCGCGUGCCCGCUGCUCUUGGCCGACAAGAGCCCGCCGGGCCUGAAGGGCAAGGAGCCCGUGGUGUACCCCUGGAUGAAGAAGAUCCAUGUCAGCGCCGUCAACCCCAGUUAUAACGGAGGGGAGCCCAAGCGCUCUCGAACCGCCUACACCCGGCAGCAGGUCUUGGAGCUGGAGAAGGAGUUCCACUUCAACCGCUACCUGACCCGGCGGCGCCGCAUUGAGAUCGCCCACGCACUCUGCUUGUCCGAGCGCCAGGUCAAGAUCUGGUUUCAGAACCGGAGGAUGAAGUGGAAGAAAGAUCACAAACUGCCCAACACCAAGAUGCGGUCCACAAACUCUGCCUCCACCGGCCAGCCCGGAAAAGCACAAACUCAGAGCCCACACCCCCACCCCCACCCAGUCCCGGGCGCCUCCACACCCAUUCCCUCCACCAUAUAAUCCAUUAGGGACCCACAUCAGUUUCUCUCCCUUACUGUCCUCUCCUCUCCCGCCUGGUUCCCUAUCCACCCCUCCCCACUUGGACCAUGAGACACCAAAACAAAGCCCAAGCUUGGUGAGAAGCUAACCAAAAAGAAGACCUUAUCCUCAGAAUUGUGUGCUGGUUGCCACCCGAGAGAGAACAGUCGUACACAUGCUGGAUGGUGGGACAGCCUGCUUGCUGCUCUGAGCCUGGCUGCCAGGUCUGGACACCUCAGAAGGGCCACUUGGCAUCAGAUAGGUACUUUGGAGAUGGCUGAAGUCAGCGGGACAGCCCCUGCUGACCUGCAGACCACUGGAUGCAGAUGCCUACUUGUGUAUUUGUGGCAAGCAGGAGAAAACAGACCCUCUCCCUACCUUCCUCACUUCCACCUCCUCUAUUAAGGCAGCUCAUGCAAGCUUGUGUUGAACUGAAAUAAAUGAGUAGACAUUGUGGACCUCACAAGAUUAUUUAAUGUGUAGAGUUUGAUGGUAGGCGUGACAUGUUAGUUUCCUGUCCUUGCAUUUAUUUAAGAUAUUGUUACAGAGCUGUUGUCUUAUUCUGGGGCAUGGACUCCAGGGGCAGAGGGAAGUGCAUUUAGACCCAUGUGCAACUGUAUGAAUUGUGAUGUGGCUGUAUAGAAAGCCAUGUGCUGAGA